AUGGCUAAAUUGACGCCUACACCGCCCUCUACAACCUCUUCAAGCGCCGGGGCUCAGUCGCCGGAGUUUAGAGUCAUUCGGAAACGAAACCGGGUGCCAUUAUCGUGCGCGCCUUGUCGCCACAGGAAGCUGAAAUGCGACCGCACUCACCCAUGCGAAAACUGUGUCAAACGAGGCGACGCUCCCUCUUGUUCCUACGCCCAGGCCACCGGGCGCAAGAAGAACUCGCCUCAGCAGACUACACCCACUUCGCCAGAUGAUAUGCAGAACCGGAUUGAUCGCUUGGAGGGCUUGGUUCUGUCGUUGAUGACGAAUGGCAAUCAGUCUGCGGGCCGCGCCGCGGCCCUGGCUGCUAUCUCCACAGAUAGUAGCGCGGGAGGAUCAGCGGGGCUUUCCAAUGAAAUUGACAUCGAUGAGGAUGGCGAGGGUGGCCCGGAGGAGAGCGAUACGGAGCAGGUGACCAAGUCCUUUGGCGUGAUGAAGAUGGACAACAACAAGAGCUAUUACAUCAGUGAAGCUCACUGGGCCUCUGUACUGAACGAUAUUUCGGAAGUACGGAAUUUCUUCUCCACACAUAAGAAGCAAUUCGAGGAACAGGCAGAGAAAGUCAAGGCAGCGCGUCCUCAGACCGAUGUACCAGGGUCAACGCUUCUAUUUGGUGUAAUGAAGCCAUUGAGUCGGGCGGAAAUCAUGGCCACCUUGCCAUCCAAAUAUACGACAGACCUGCUUAUUGCCCGCUACUUCAACAGCUACGACCCUGCAACUCACAUCCUCCAUGGCCCUACAUUCCAGGCACAGUACAACAAACACUGGGAUGAUCCCAAUCAAACCGAACUUGUGUGGAUUGCCAUGCUCUUCGCCAUGAUGCGACUAGCGAUGCUAUCAUAUCACCGCGAAGGCGACGAGCCGCCGGAGUUCCGGGGCAAGGCCUUGGAUAUGGCUGGUUCGUUCCGAAACUCAGUCGCGCAGUGUUUGACUCUUGCCGACUAUACGAAAUCCCAUCCCUUCCUGAUUGAAGCCCUCGUGUUCCAUUUACAUGGUGACUUCUCUCAGACUCGGGAAGCCGAUAUUUCGGUAUGGGUCCUGUCAGGCGUGAUAGCCCGUUUGGCCAUGCGCCAGGGGUAUCAUCGUGACUCGAAGGUGUUCCCCAACGUCUCAGCGUUCCAGGGCGAGAUGCGACGCCGGGUAUGGUCGUUUGUGCGGACGGCAGACCUCCUUUUCUCCUUCCAGGUUGGAAUGCCGAGCAUGCUUCGUGUUGCUGACAGUGAUACGGAGCUGCCGCGGAAUUUGUAUGACGACGAUUUUGAUGAAAAUUGCAAAGAGCUUCCCCCGCCUCGCCAGCUGGGCGAGCCAACGCCCAUCUCUUAUCUGAUCUGCAAGUCUCGUCUAACGUACGCCUUUGGCCGUGUCAAUGAACAUGCUUCGUCUGUUUCCGGCACCCCUUAUGAUAAGGUCAUGGAGAUUGAUGCGGAUCUUCGCCGCGCUCGAGAUUUGAUUCCAGAUCAUUUGAAAAUUCGACCGAUGGAGGAGUGCCAGCUCGAUCCCGUGAACCUCAUCUUGUCGCGUUUCUCGGUUAUGACUAUCUACCUUAAGGCUCAAUGUGUGCUUCACCGACCGUAUCUGGUUCGCGCUCGGGAGAACCCUCGCUUUACAUACUCCCGCCGGACGUGUAUCGACUCGGCACUUGAGCUGCUCGAGUUCCAGGCGAUCCUUCAUAACGAAACGCGACAUGGGUGCUGGCGGGGUCGCCAAGUAAUCUCCUCUCUUAGCUCUGCAGAUUUCCUGCUGGCUGGCACAAUUGUGUGCCUUGAUUUGUAUCAGGGUUACCAAUUGCAGGCAUCCGGACGACCAUCUGGAGAUACAUACACGUGGGGUCGGGAGCGGUGCGAAGAGAUGACGACUACGAUUCAGCGUACGAAAAUGAUUUGGGAUGAGAUGCGUGACGAGAGCAUGGAGGCAUACAAGGCCAGCAGCGUCCUGGGUGUGAUGUUGGCUAAGCUGCACAGCACCAUCCCGGGCCUUGAGAACGGCGCCGGGAACACCAUGUUUGAGCCACAGGACGAGAAGCAGAAUGCUGCGAUGACGCUUGGGCUGCUGAGCAGCGGUAUGAGCCCGAUGAACCCGGGUCCACCACCCUUCUCAGAUCCGAUGCUCAAAAUGUCGGACUCGCCGGCGCCGCCUGGCUUCGGGGCCCCGGCCGAAAUGCCGGGUGCUCUUUCGCCUUUCAGUAGCAUGUUCGGUCAGAUGCCGGACAUGCAAGUGAACUUGGAUUGGGAUGCAUGGGACACAUACAUCCAAAACCCAACCUUCGACACAUCGAACCAGUUCUGGCCCAUGAUGGACCCUCAGCGACAGCCCACUCCCCAAGGAGCUGGCUUAACACAGCCGCCAAUUUCAAGUCCCCUCGGUACAGCGCGAGUACCACCGAUGUCGAAUGGCGCCGCGCCACGACCACCAAAUAUGUUUACCCCUCCCUCGACGAGCCCUGAAAGCGGCUCCUCAUCAGUACCUGGCUUCACACCCAUGUCGCAGUCUGGUAGCACAGGCACCGGACGGACUUCGGGCAGCCGAGGCCUGUAA